AGCGCGACUGGAAAUUGAUGUUUAAAGAAAUUAUAAAACCGGCGUUGCAUUCAGUCUUCCAGUGCAAAGGGAGGACUCGUACAGUGAGCACGGUGCCUCGCCCACUCUCGACUCAAGGGGGAAUACAGUGAAUUGAAUCGUAUAACAUUUAGGUUGAUUAAAAGCCGAAACUUCAAAGAAACACAAGUGACACCAUGCCUGCCUACGCUGAAACAUUGACAGACGCCAAACCGUCGACGCACUUGCCAACGCAUCCCGAAUUGCUUACUCAACUCCCUGGCAAGACGAAGGUAGCCGACGGCGCACGAUGCCAGGAGAGCGUUGUAGUGAGCGGGAUGUCCGGCAAAUUCCCAGAGAGCUCGAGCGUGGAGGAGUUCGCGCGCAACUUGUACAGCGGCGUCGACAUGGUCACGGAGGAUGACCGGCGCUGGACACCCGGCAUCCACGGCCUCCCUCGGCGCUCGGGGAAGAUCCCUGACUUGGCCCACUUCGACAGCGCCUUCUUCAGCGUGUCUCCCCGACAGGCGCACAAAAUGGACCCUCAGCUGCGUCUCCUGCUCGAACUCACGCAUGAGGCGAUCCUUGAUGCCGGCAUGAAUCCGAGUGAACUACGCGGGCGUCGGGUGGGCGUGUACGUGGGCGUGAGCAGCAGCGAGAGCGAGGAGGCCUGGACAGCAGACCCGGCGCAGGUGACGGGGUACGCGCUCACGGGAUGCUGUCGCGCGAUGUUCCCCAACCGCAUCUCGUACACUUUCGACUUUAAAGGACCAAGCUACGCCAUCGACACAGCGUGCUCGUCCUCGAUGGUGGCGCUUCAGGUGGCGUGGACGGCCAUCAUGGAGGGCGAGAUCGAAGCCGCCGUCGUCGGAGGAACCAACCUCACCCUCAAACCCCAGAACUCGAUGCAGUUCAACUCGCUCAACAUGCUUGCAGCCGACGGCAAGUGCAAGUCAUUCGACUGCUCUGGCAAUGGGUACGUGCGGAGCGAGGCAGCUGUGGUGAUCUUCCUGCAGCGCGCAGCAGAUUCUCGUCGAGUUUACGCCCAUGUCACUCACGCCCGCGCUAACACCGACGGGCACAAGGGUGAGGGCGUGACCUUCCCUUCAGGUGCUGUUCAGAAGAACCUGCUGCAGGAGGUGUACAGUCUGGCUGGCGUGUCUCCUUCGGAUGUGUCCUACGUGGAGGCGCACGGAACCGGCACCAAGGCUGGUGACCCGCAGGAAGUGAACGCUCUCUCCGACGUGUUCUGCAAUGGCCGCUCCUCUCCUCUGCUCAUGGGAUCUGUCAAGUCUAACAUGGGCCACGCAGAGCCCGCCUCCGGCCUCUGUUCUAUUGUUAAGGUCCUCCUGGCCAUGCAGCGGCGAGAAAUCGCUGGCAACCUGCACUUUACCAGUCCAAAUACUGAGAUUCCGGCGUUGUCAGACGGGAGAAUAAAGGUGGUGAGCGAGAACACUCCCUGGCCAGGUGGUUAUGCUGCCGUCAACAGUUUCGGGUUUGGAGGUGCUAAUGUGCAUGUGCUUCUGCGCUCCCCGAACACUCCAGUACAGUCAUCUAGCGGACCGUCAAGGCCCGUCCUGAUACCCACAACACAGAGAAUAUGCCCAACAACCAAAGAAAUCAUAUCCUCGGACUGCCACUUUGCUACCAGCGGCGAAGACGAGAACAAUGCCUCUGAGGACAAGGUACCCACUGGGAUCCCGAGGCUUGUGGUGACAGCAGGACGCACGGAGGAUGCUGUGAGGACCUUGCUGGAAGGAGUGAAGGAACGGGCCACUCCGGCUCUCUGUGGCCUGCUUGAUAAGCUCUCUGACAUGCCCACGAACAGUCUGCCAGCUCGGGGAUAUGCCAUUGUGGAUGCGGAGAGAGAAAUACUUGGGGUAUCUAGCGUCCCCGCUGCGUCACGGCCUUUGUGGCUUGUGUUCUCUGGCAUGGGUUCUCAGUGGACGAGCUGCGGUCGAGCCUUCUUCCGCUUCCCCGUGUUCGCCUCCACCAUCAGGAGGUGCCACGCUGCGCUCAUGCCCUUGGGACUCAACCUGACUGAGAUCCUCACAAGCGAAGACCCGAACGUCAUGGCUACAACAGCUGCUAGCUUCUCCACGAUUGCAGCAAUGCAGGUGGGUUUGGUAGACCUUCUCAAACAUCUUGGCAUAAAUGAAUACGCAGGCUUGGUAGGCCAUAGCGUAGGAGAGCUCGGUUGCGCAUACGCAGACGGGACUUUAACAGCCGAACAAACCGUUCUGGCAGCAUACUGGCGAGGGAGAGCUGUGCAAGAGGCUGUACUACCUGUCGGGGCCAUGGCUGCUGUUGGCCUGAGCGCAGAAGAGGCAGAACGUUGGGUCGAAGAUGGCGUCGUGGUCGCUUGCCACAAUGCUCACGACUCCGUCACCAUAUCGGGGCCGAAGGAGGCCACCGAGAGGGUGAUGGAGAAAAUCACAGCUGAAGGAAUCUUCUGUCGAGGCGUCAGGUCAGAGAACGUGGCCUUCCAUCACCCUACUCUGAAAGCCGCUGCUCCACGGCUGCUGGAAGAACUUGCCAAGGUGAUUCCCCGGGCACUCCCACGAAGCUCUCGAUGGGUGAGCACUUCCGUCCCCGAGUCCGAGAGUGCCAGUCCGGAGGCCAGCAAGGCAUCCGCUCAGUACCUGGUUAACAAUCUCCUCUCUCCAGUUUUGUUUGCCGAAGCCCUUGAGAAGAUUCCACAGGAGGCAGUGGUAGUGGAGGUGUCCCCCCACGGUUUGUUGCAAGCCAUCCUGAGGCGAUCUCUCCCGAAGGCAGUACCCAUUCCACUCAUCAGGAAGGACGCCAAGUGUACGAUGCUCCAUUUCCUUGAAUCCCUUGGCAAGAUAUACGCAAAUGGCGUGUUUGUUGACGUGGGAUCCAUUUAUCCCCCUCUCCCCUCGCCUGUUCCGGUCUCCACACCUUCCAUCGCCAGUCUUGUCAGAUGGGACCACAGCCAAGAGUGGGACGUGGCACGCUUCAGCUCCUCCCCGGCAGGCUCUGACUACGAGGUGAAGGUGGACCUUGACUCCGAGGAGCACCGGUACCUUGAGGGUCAUACCAUCGACGGCCGAGUCAUAUUCCCUGCUACAGGCUAUAUGGUAUUGGCAUGGCAAGCAUUGUGUCGCUUGCAGGGGUCGAACUGGCAAGAAACACCUGUGACUUUCAGUGAUGUGAUUCUCCACCAAGCCACCGUCCUGUCCUCUUCCUCAGGCAGUUCCUCCAGCACUACCACCCUGGUUGUAAGGAUUCUUCCCACCAAGGGGGAGUUUGAGGUUGUUGUAAGUGGAUCGGUAGCUGCUUCAGGUCGCAUCCACAUGGGAGUAGAAGACUCUGCUGAGGGUAAGACUCUGCUGCAUUUCUUAAAGGAGAGCAAAGCAAGCGACCAUGAGAAGCGCCUUCAGCAACAGGAUGUGUACAAAGAGUUGCGCCUCAGAGGAUACCAAUAUGGCGGGAUCUUCCAGGGCAUUUUACAUGCAGACAUUAAGGGUACAUCUGGAUCCCUGCAGUGGCGUGAUAACUGGGUGUCCUUCAUUGACACUAUGCUUCAGUUCUCACUCGUUGGAGCCAAACAGCGUGGGCUCAUGCUUCCUACGAGAAUUCGCAAGGUUACUGUUGACCCAGCUGUCCUUCACAGCAAUGUCACUGUGGAGGAGGAUGUCACGAAAGUUCCUAUCCACCAUAACCCACACGUAGGAGCCACAGUGUGUCAGGGUGUUAUCAUCCAGGGCCUGAAAGCCACCUUGGCACCACGGAGGCCCACUCAGGACCGCCCUGUCCUGCAGAGCUACCAGUUCGUGCCCCUCCAAUUGCCUGUUGACCAUCCAGUCUCUGCCAAAGUAACAGAAGAGGCCAGCUUGGGAUUGCUUGUUGACCUAGUAAUCGAGAACUUGGGAACAAGAACACUGAAAGUUGUUGAGAAUGGAAGCACCUCGCCAACCAUUGGGUUAGGUGUCAUGUCUGCUGUGGACACCCACGCUCAGCUAAAGGUUGAGUACACCUUGACCAACCCCAGCCUGGAGAAAGAGGAACUUGACCGCCUGGUGUCUGCAGGAGCAACAGUGAAGGAAGACUUAGUCAGUGUCAUGUCAAAGCCUCCCCACCUCUUCAUCCUCCACCAAGAUGUAGAAGCAAAGAUUCUUGACACGCUGAAAGAAGGAACAUUCCUUAUGACAAAUGCAGAUGUUGCUCAGAUGCUGAAAGAACAAGGUUAUUUGAGCAUUGCAACCAUCGCAAGAACUGGAGUUGUGCUUCUGAGGAAGCCACUUUCCCCGGUGCCACACAGCACACUGACAAUCUCUGUCAACGACAAGGAAUUCUCAUGGGUAAUGGCUCUGAAGGAGAAGCUAGCCGUCAGCAUUAAAGAGAAUCUGUGGCUCCUGUCAUCACACGAGCCAACAUCUGGAAUUCUUGGUCUCGUAAAUUGUCUGAGACGUGAACCAGAAGGGGAAAGAAUCAGGUGUAUUUUUGCUCCUGAUGGCAAAGCUGAAGUCGAUACAGACGUCCUCGCCCGCGAUCUAGCUCUGAAUGUCCUUGAAGGCCAAGCAUGGGGAACGUACCGACACAUUCCGCUGAUGAAGCUCGAGCACCAACCCUCUGAACACGCUCUUCUUAAUGUCGCUACUCGAGGUGACUUGGCUUCCCUCACGUGGUUCCAGAUGGCGUCACCAGAGCUCAGUCCUAAUGAGAACAUGCUCGUGUGCGAUGUGCUCUAUGCACCUCUCAACUUCAGGGAUGUCAUGUUGGCGACCGGAAAGCUGCCUCCAGAUGCGCUUCCAGGAGAUCUGGCAAUGAAGGAGUGUAUUCUUGGCUUGGAGUUUGCUGGCAUGGAAAGAGAACGACGAGUCAUGGGUCUAGUAGCUGCUGGUGGUCUGGCUACAACUGUGAAAGCUGAUCCUCUCUUGACCUGGACUGUUCCCCAAAGCUGGUCCCUUCAGGAGGCUGCUACUGUGCCUGUUGUGUAUGCUACGGCUUACUAUGCUCUUGUGGUACGUGGAGGACUUCGGGAAGGUGAGACUGUGCUCAUUCACGCAGGUUCUGGUGGAGUGGGUCAGGCUGCCAUCAGCAUUGCCCUGGCACGCUCUUGCACUGUUUACACUACUGUCAGUAGUGCCCAGAAAAGGGCUGUCCUGCAGAAAAGAUUCCCACAGCUGAAGGAUGAGAACUUUGCAAACUCCCGUGAUGGAAGCUUUGAAUUUGAUGUCCUAGAGAGAACUAACGGACAAGGAGUGGAUGUUGUCCUCAACUCCCUGGCUGGUGACUUGCUACAGGCCUCCGUGAGAUGCCUCAAAGAACAUGGCAGAUUCCUCGAGAUUGGAAAGGCUGAUCUGUCAAACAACACUGCUCUGGGCAUGGCCAUCUUCUUGAAGAAUGUCACCUUCCACGGCAUCCUGCUGGACUCGCUCUUUGAUGGCUCCACCGAAGAGCGAGCUCGCCUGAACAAACUGGUGAUCGAUGGCCUUGAGUCGGGCGUCGUGACACCCCUUCCUCACACUCUCUUUACUAGGGACAGUGCCGAAGAUGCUUUCAGGUACAUGGCCACAGGAAAGCACAUCGGAAAGGUAGUCCUCGAGAUAAAACCUGAAGAACCCAAAGCAGACUACUCUCUGGUGCCUGCAGUACCUCGCAUGACAGCACACAGCAACAUGGUCUAUGUGAUCACGGGCGGAAUGGGCGGACUUGGGUUGGAGCUGGCCGGCUGGCUCAUUACUCGUGGGGCAAAGAAACUGGUCCUCACCUCACGAAGGGGGAUCACUACUGGCUACCAGUCCUUGUGUGUCCAUCGCUGGCGCAAUGCGGGCGUGAAUGUCCGUGUGCUGACCCAGGAUGCGUCUACUCCUGAGGGCGCUGCUAAACUACUGAAGGAAGCUGCUACAGAAGGACCGGUCGGGGGUAUCUUCCACCUGGCAAUGGUAAGGAGUGACGCCCUACUAGAUAACCAGGACUCGACGACCUUCCGCACUGUGAACCACGUGAAGGGCGACGGGGCCGUGGCUAUCGACGAAGCCUCCCGGAAGCUGUGCCCCGACUUGCACCUGUGGGUCGCCUUCUCCAGCGUCGCCUGCGGGAAGGGCAAUGCGGGCCAGACCAACUACGGGUGGGCCAAUUCCGUGUGCGAGCGCGUGGUGGAGUCCCGCGUGAGGGCUGGGCUCCCGGGCGUGGCCAUCCAGUGGGGCGGAGUGGGCGAUGUGGGCGUCCUGGCUGAUACCCUAGGCGACGUGGAGGUCGCCGGAACGAAGCCCCAGUCUGUGAGGUCUGUGCUGGAGUGCCUCGAUGUUCUGCUGCUCGGGUCAUCGUCUGUGGUCGCUUCUGUGUGUCUGGCCACUAAGAAAUCGGGGGCGGACGGCGGUCAGAAGGGCGCCUCGCUCGUUAAGUCUGUGGCCAACAUCCUAGGAGUGAAGGACGUCUCAAAGGCUCCUAUGGACGUGACCCUCGCUGACCUGGGCCUCGAUUCCCUCAUGAGCGUGGAGGUCAAGCAGACUCUCGAGCGGGAGGCAGACAUCGUCCUCUCCGCUGCGCAGGUCCGAGAGCUGACUCUGCGCAUCCUGCAGGAUAUGGAUGCCCAGGGCGGAGCCAAGACUCAGAACGCCUCCGAAGGGUCGCAGAACACGAGUGAUUCGUCGAAGACCCCUUCGUCAGAGCAGCCUCAGGUGGCCCCACAGCCGUGGCUUUCUCUCCCGCUCAUUCCCGACGCACGUGUGACUGUCCUUAAGGAGACGGGCACUCAGCCGCCGCUCUUCCUGGCGGCGCCCAUCCAGGGCAGCGCCCUCCCGCUCGUCGAGGUGGCCCAGGAUCUGGACCGCCCCGUCUACGGUCUCCAGUACCCGUCCGAUCUGCCCCACACUUCCAUCUCCGAGAUGGCUGCAGCGCUGGUUAAGGAGCUGCAGGAGAGACAUCCCUCCGGCGACUUCGCCAUAGGGGGCUACUCCUUCGGCACGGGCGUGGCUCUAGAGAUGGUGCGGCAGCUGGAGGCCGCAGGGCGAGCGCCGACGUCGAUCGUCCUCCUCGACGGCUCGCAGUCCUACGUCUCGGGCAUCAUCGACACCUACAAGUCGCGCAUCGUCUCGGGCUCGGCCAAGGAGGAGUUCAGUCCGCAGGAGCAGGUGGAGAUGCUCCUCGUGUUUGCCAUGCAGUUCAUCUCAGCCGAGUCGUCUAUUCUGAAGAAGGCGCUGCUAGGGCUCAGGUCGUGGGAGGAGCGGGUCAACCAUGUAGCCGAGCUAGUCACCGACAGCCGCGCCCGCCUGGGCAACAGCACUGACCCCGAUGACCACAACAAGGCUGUGCAAGCUGCUGAGUUGCUGUACAAGCGGCUGGUGGCGGGCGAGAGGCACUCGGCGGCGGGAGGACUCCGGCCGCCCGCGCUCCUCAUCCGGGCGAAGGACAACCCCAACGCCGCGCAGCUCGGACAUGACUACGGGCUCUCGAAGGUGAUGACAGGGCCACUGAAGAUCGAAGAGGUGUCUGGCACUCACGAGAGCUUCCUCACAGGCACCAACGGACGCCAGGUCUCCACUCUCAUUCACUCGUUCCUCCAGGGGAGCCAGCGCACCAAGCAGUAGCCUAAGAAGUAAUUUUAAUAAAAAAAUUUGGACGGAGCUAACCAGUGGCUAUGAAGAAUAGUCGUUAUUUUUCACGGGAUUCACUGUUUUCUGUCGCGUGUGCUGGCGAAUACGGAGAACCUAGUGGAACCCCAUGAUGAAUUAGUGUUUUUAUUUUGCAGUUGCACAAUAUUGCACACAAAAAUCUGUGAUAUUAUUUUUAGUAUCACUUUUCGUCGUCGGUAGAAUGUCCGGCAAAGUUUUUUCUUUUCUUUUUUUUAUUGUGAAGUACAUGAGACAACAUGGCACGUAUUUUGUUACACUAUUUUUGUAAAAUAUUUAUUCUCUUAAAUGUAGUUUCAUAUGGAAAGUCAGCACGUUGUGUUCAUGAACUCUGUAAUUUACAUGCGUGCACAUAUAGACUAGUGCAUAAGACUAUGCAUAUGUAAGUCCAAUUUCAAUCAUUUGCUCUUGGCUAGUUUUCAAUUAAUGUAAUUUACCUCAGCACUCGUUCUCUAUAACAUUGACGCAUAAAUGUUUGUAUCAUCGAGUGUUCCAGCUUUUUGCAAAUGCAAAGUGCUUUUUUAUACUUAAAAGUCUAUAAAUGAUCCAGUCUCUGGCUUAUUCUUAUAGUUGAACUUUAUACUUUUGCACUGAAGGACUACUUUCCAUUUAUGAAUGUGGGUUAGUAGAUUAUACUAGAGAAUAUUUUUAUUUCUAUGAAUGUAUAUUUAAUGUACGUUAAGUUAGUUAUAGAAUCUACCCAUGACAAGACAAAGCAUAUCAUGCUUAUUUGACAUAUGAACUAAAUCAGUUAUUAAUGUAUUUUGAUAUUUCGUAUGUUACACAAUUUGCUGUCAUAAUACUCGUCUAGUUUAAUUAUAGUAUGCCAUUAGUUGACAGGGAUAUCAGAUUUAAGGCCACUUUGUGUAAUCGUUUUUUUAUAAACUAAGAUAUUCUUAUUGCUUUUAAGGGUUAUCAAAUAGCUUUGCUUUAAAACCAUAAAUUGUGUACAUAUUUUGAUAAAAAAUAGUUUAGUUAAAAAUAGUUCGUCCAUUUUUUUAUAGUCCUCAUUUUCCCAUCCCUUUCCCCUCUCACUCCUAUCCUUCUGCUCUCCCCUCUCCUCCUCUUCCUCCCCCCCCUCCCCUUCCCCU